CACAUAGUCUUCCCAUUGAAGUAAAGUUGGUUGAAGUUGUCUACAUUGAGUGAGAAAGUGGCCAACCAGCACCCUCUUUCUCUUCCUCUCAUCAUCAUCAUUAUAGAACCAAAAGAUAGAAAAUUAUAAUUCCCACAAAAACAAAGAAAAUUAUAAUUAUAAAUCCCACAAAAAGUUGAAAGGUGGCUAGAGGAAAGUAACUUCAUACAACCAAAGGGAAUUGGAUUCCAACCUCCAGAGAGAGAGAGAGAGAGAGAGAGAUUAAUAUUUGAGAAAGCCAACCAAGGAAGAAGAAUCAUGUGGUGCUGGAAAGGCGAAGGAGGAUAAAAAAGAGUUAGAGAGAGGGUAUCCUCUUCUUUGCUCUGUCCUUUGUCUGUGACAGCACUUUUAGAAGUUCUAGCAACGUUGGAAGUUACUGCCAACCAACAAGCCUGAAGAUAAAACAGAGAUGCUGCCUCCUUGCUGGCGAUCGUUCUGGAAGAAACAGUAAUGCUAUUGACAUGGGAAAGAAGGGAAGUUGGUUUUCUGCAAUCAAGAGGAUUUUCACACACCACUCCAAGGGGAAGCAGGAUUCGGAUAAUCAAAGCACAAAAGAGAAGAAGAAAGGUCUAGGAAAACUAAGGCAUGGAGAGACCAAUUCUUUCAUCCCCCUCUUCAGAGAGCCAAGCAGCAUUGAAAAAAUCUUUGGGGACUUUGAAAGAGAGCAACAAAUAUUAACAAUAAGGCCUCCCACGCCUUCUGACCAACCCAAAACCCCACCUGUUGUCCCUCCUAGAGCUGUUUCUCCAAGGGCUCCAUCUCCGAGGAAUGCUUCUCCUAGGGCUCUUUCUCCGCGAGUUGCCUCUCCCAAAGCUGCUUCUUCCCGGAUUGUUCAUCACCACAAGGAGGUUGGCCACAGACCAGAACCAACUUUAAGGAACCAGCAUGCCUCAGCUACUAAGAUCCAGGCUACUUAUAGAGGUUAUAUGGCCAGGAGGAGUUUUAGAGCUUUAAAGGGUCUGGUGAGGCUUCAAGGAGUGGUAAGAGGACAGAAUGUGAAGAGGCAGACUGUUAAUGCCAUGAAACACAUGCAGCUUUUGGUGCGAGUUCAAUCUCAGAUUCAAUCUCGAAGAAUCCAGAUGUUGGAAAACCAGGCACGAUAUCAAGCUGAGUUCAAGAAUGACAAGGAUGUGGCAAGUACCUUGGGGAAAUUGACUUUAGGCCAUGCUUCUGAGGCAGGUAACAAUGAUGAGUGGGAUGAUAGCUUACUGACAAAAGAGGAAAUAGAGGCAAGGUUGCAGAGGAAGGUGGAAGCAAUGAUCAAAAGAGAAAGAGCAAUGGCAUUUGCAUAUUCACAUCAGUUGUGGAAAGCCACUCCAAAAUCAACUCAAACACCGGUGACAGAUAUGCGAUCCGGUGGAUUUCCAUGGUGGUGGAACUGGUUGGAAAGACAACUGCCUGCAGCAGCAAAUCCACAAGAAAGACAAGUCUUGAACAAUUUUCAACUCACACCUUCAAGACCAUAUUCAGAGCAGAAAACUAGUCCAAGACCUGCCUCAAGCACUCAUAUGAGGCAUCAUUUUGCCUUUGACAAUAUGGAUACACCAACUCCAAAAUCCACUAAAUCAACUAUUCUGACAUCUUCAAAACCAGCCAGAACUCCUCCAUAUAGAACUCCACAAGCAAACAGCUCAAGCUUUUCAAAACAUACAAGGCCAAGGGCUGUGGGGGCUAAUUCACCUUUUGAUGUGCCACUGAAGGAUGAUGAUAGUCUCACAAGCUGUCCACCAUUUUCUGUGCCAAACUACAUGACUCCAACAGUUUCUGCCAAGGCCAAAGUACGUGCUAGUAGUAAUCCAAGAGAAAGGUUUGGUGGGACUCCAACCAGUGAUUCAAAGAGGAGACUUUCAUUUCCUUUGUCCCAAGGAAUUGGACCCUUUAAAUGGAAUAAAGGGUCCUUGUUCUCAAGCAAGGAUCCUAGCUCUCAGAGGAUGCCAGAUAAAUAUCAGUCACUUGAAUCUUUAGGAAAUGUGAGUGUGGAUUCAACGGUAUCUUUGCCCGCAAGAGUGGGAAGAAAGCCUUUUACAAGAUUUGUGUGAUUUAUUUUGUUUUUAUUCUUUUUUUAACCAUUUUUAUUUUGUCCAUGUUGGUGGUGUUAUCAGUUAUAUUAUGAUUAUGAUUGAGUGUAUUGGUGAUAGUUUGACAAGAAGUAUACCUGUUGUAAACUAAUAAAAACAUGAUAGGAAAUAUGAUGGUUUGAUAAAUUUGAUUGGAACUUUUCUUUUUUUGGGUUCAA